AUGACAUCUCAGGAUAAAGAACAAACUGAGGUUUUUUUUACUACUACUAAUAAUGAAGUAAUAAGUAGUAAAGAAAAAAAUAAUUUUAACAUUAUUAGAGGGAAAUCAUUUAUUUUUAUUGUUAUGGUUGGUGGAAUUUUAUUUUUCAUUGCUGCAUUUCUUCUCGUUCAUUUUGGUGAUGAAUUAUUUCAUUCUAAUACAUCAUAUACUGAUGAUCCAUUAAAUAAUAUUUUUCAAUAUUUAAAUAAAGGAAGAAAUCGAACAUCAACGGGAUUUUUGGAGCCGGGUUUAGGAAAAGAUAAUUUAAAUGAUUUCCCAUCAAUCUAUAUUACACAUAUACCUAAAGAUUCUAAUUUACCUAUAUGGAGAAAAAAUUAUAUAUCUGGUAAUAAAAGUAUACCAUUAUAUACUGAUAGUGCUUCAUAUAUAUUAUCAUCAAUUCAUACACGUUCAAAAGGAAUAACAUUAACACCAUAUUUGUAUGAAAUAUUUUUUCAAAUAUAUUAUGAUCGGUUUUUAACUGAAAAAAAUGAACCACAAUAUAAAUAUAAUAAUAUUGUUGUUAAUAUAACAAUAUAUCUUCAUUGUCAUAAAAGAACUAAUAUUAUUAAAUUAAAUCAAAAAAAUUUAACAUUAUGGGAUAGAUCAUUUAAAUUAAAAAAAAUUAAUAAUGAAAUAAAUGAAAAUAUUGAACUUACUAAUGUUAUUCUUAAUGAUCCACAUGAAACUCUUGAAUUUAUUGCAUCAAAAGAUUUAAUACCAUCAAAUAAUUAUUCUUUAUCACUUGCUUAUUCUGUAUCACUUGAUCAUGAUGAUUUAGCUGGAUUAUAUAAAAUGACAUAUAGAACUAACUCAUCAAUUGAUGGUAUUGUACUUGGAACACAAUUACAACCUGAAUUUGCAAGAAGAUUAUUUCCAUGCUAUGAUCAACCAGAUAUGAAAGCUGAAUUUUUAAUUUCUGUACGUCAUCCAACUGCUGCUAAAGUUAUAUCUAAUUCACCACCAAGAUUAACAGUAACAUCUGGUAAUGGUUAUGAAACUACAUAUUUUUAUAAAACAAAAAAAAUGUCAACAUAUUUAUUAGCUGUUGUUGUAUCAUUUUUUAGAUAUAAAGAAACAAAUCAUAAUGGUAUUCCUAUAAGAAUAUAUACAGAACCAAUGAAAAUUGAUGGUGUUGAUCUUGCAUUAGAAACAACAAAAAAAUUAUUAGAUUAUUAUGAAAAUUAUUUUGAUAUUAAAUAUCCAUUACCUAAAUUAGAUAUUCAUACUUAUCCACAAAUGAGAGUACAUGCUAUGGAAAAUUGGGGUAUUAUUACAAUUAAAACAGAUAAUCUUAUAUAUCAAAAAAAUGUUCAUACAUAUAAACAUCGUUAUGAAAUAAUUAAAACAAUAUCACAUGAAACAUCACAUAUGUGGUUUGGAUGUCUUGUAACAACAACAAGCUGGGAUUUGUUAUGGUUAAAUGAAGGUUUUGCUACAUUUAUGGCAUUUAAAGGUGCUGAAGGUAUUGGUUCUGAAAAAACACUUUCUGAUGGAUUAUAUUAUUUUGAUCUUCAAAAUCUUUGUAUGGAUAUUGAUCAAAGAUUUGCCAAUACACAUCCAAUUAUUCCUAAAAUAAAAAAUACAAAAUAUAUUGUAAAAAAUAAAAUACUUUAUAUUAAAUCAGCUUUAAUAUUAUUUAUGAUUGAAGAAGUCAUUGGUGAAGAAAUGUUUAGAGAAAGUUUACAUCAAUUUAUUAAAGAAAAUGCUUAUAAAAAUGUUAAUAAUCAACAACUUCUUGAAACAAUGGAAUAUAUUUUAGAAAAAAGAAAAGGAAAUAAUAAUAUUUUACCAGUAAAUAUAACAUUAACAAAAUUUGUUGAAGAUUGGAUACUUCAAGAAGGAUUUCCGCUUGUAACUGUUAUAAAAAAUAAUGAUAAUUCUCUUAAUUUAGUACAAGAAGUAAUGGAUUCUGAACGCAAUAUAAAUAAUAGAUUUAUUAAUAAAUGGACAAUACCAAUAUUUAUUCAAGAUAAAAUACCACAAAAAUACUCAUUAAAAUGGAUAGUUCCCGGUGAAAAUUUAACUAUUCAUCAAUAUUCACUACCAUUAGAUCCACAUUGUCGUGGUUAUUAUCGUAUUAAAUAUUCUAAUGAAAUAUAUGAUCAAUUUUAUCAUACAUUAAUAACUAAUCAUACAUCAAUAUCUACUCCAUCACGAGCACGUCUUAUUGAUGAUGCAUUUACAUUAGCUGAAUUUAAUUAUAUUGAUUAUUCUAUACCAUUAAAAUUAAUACAAUAUUAUACUAAAGAAAAAAAUUAUGUUCCUAUGGCAGUAUUUUUUAAACAUUUUAAAAAUUUAAAAAAAAUAUAUAGUCAAGAGACAUUUUUUGUUCAUUUUACAAAUUAUACAAAUGAAAUUUUAAAAUGUACUUAUAAUUAUGUUAAUAGUAAACAAUUUACUAAUGAUAAGUCAUUUGUUGGAUUUAGUUUAAUAAGUGAUGUUACAAGUUAUGUUUGUGAUAAUGGUGAUGUUGAAUGUAUACAAGAAAGUUUAAAAUUAUUUAACAAUCUUAAAAUAAUAUGUGCAGAAUCUAGAUUAUCUAAUUCAAGUUGUAAUACUAUACCUAUGUAUAGAAAACAAAUUGUUUAUCAGGCUGCUGCAAGAUAUGGUGAUGAAAGUGCUUUUGAUUUUUUAUUAAAAAAAUAUAAAGAAGAAGAUUAUGGAACAGAAAAAAAAAUUAUAAGGGCUGCUUUAUUAUGUACCAAAAAUAAACAUUUAUUUUUAAUGUUUUUAAAAAAUUCACUUUUUGAAUUAGAUGGGAUGCCAUUACUUGGAGAUUUAAGACAAUUUAUUUAUGAUCUUUAUGCUUUUUCAAGUCAUUGGAGAAUCGUUAAAAAACUAAUUAUGGAUAAAACUUAUUUUGAAGCAUUAUAUGUUAAAUAUAAAUCAAUUCCAGUUCAUUUCUCUUAUUUUUUUAAAUUUUUAAAUGCUUAUUGUGAUAAUGAUAAACAAUAUACAGAGUUAAAAGAGUUCUAUAAACGUGAAGAUGAAAAUAUUAAAAAUUUAGGUACUGGAGUAAUGAUGGAAAUUAAAAAAAAUUUAGCUGAAUGUCAAAAAAGAAUUAGGCAUAGAAAAAGUGAAAAUUUUAGAAGAAUUGGGGAAGCUUUAUUUGAAAUAAAAAAGUCAUACAAAAUUAAAUGUGAUUAA